CUUCCCGGGGUGCUGCGGGUGGCACAGGCUGGCAACCCCGGGCUGAGUGCCCGGUCCCCAAUAGGAGGAGGAGUGGGCCGUUGCUGGCGAUCGCUGGUCCUGAGUGUCGCAGGCCCACCCCCUGGCCUUGUCACCUACUGCCCCGCCCGGAGCAGCUGUCCCCAGCUUCCUGCCAGGCACAACAGUUCAGGGCGCAGCAGCGGCUGGUGCAGGGGCUUUUGUUCGCAGUGGUCAAGGUGGACAACCGUCCAGACGCUGCACCGACCUCCGGGUGGCCUCGGGAGGUGGGGCGCACAGCCCAUGGAUUCGGGGCUGCUGCGGCCCGCGCCGGUCAGCGAGGUCAUCGUCCUGCAUUACAACUACACCGGCAAGCUCCGUGGGGCGCGGUACCAACCUGGCGCUGGGCUGCGCGCUGAUGCUGUGGUGUGUCUGGCCGUGUGUGCCUUCAUCGUGUUGGAGAACCUGGCUGUGCUAGUGGUCCUGGGACGCCACCCUCGCUUUCAUGCGCCCAUGUUCCUCCUCCUGGGCAGCCUCACCCUGUCCGAUUUGCUGGCAGGUGCAGCCUAUGCCACCAACAUCUUGCUGUCAGGGCCACUCACGCUGCGACUCUCCCCUGCGCUCUGGUUCGCCAGGGAGGGUGGUGUCUUUGUGGCGUUGUCUGCAUCGGUGUUGAGCCUCCUGGCCAUUGCACUUGAACGCUACCUCACCAUGGCCCGCCGAGGACCUGCACCUGCAGCCAGUCGGGGUCGUACGGUGGCUCUGGCGGUGGCGGCCUGGAGCGUGUCGUUGCUGCUUGGGUUGCUGCCAGCGCUGGGCUGGAAUUGCCUGGGUCGCCUGGAGGCCUGUUCCACCGUCCUGCCACUCUAUGCAAAAGCCUACGUCCUCUUCUGCGUUCUGGCCUUCGUGGGCAUCCUGGCUGCCAUCUGCGCACUUUAUGCACGGAUUUAUUGCCAGGUGAGAGCCAACGCGCGUCGCCGACGGACCGGGCCGGGUUCAGUUAGGGCCACCUUCACCAGAGCCCGUCGCGCCCCCAGGUCGCUGGCCCUGUUGCGCACACUCAGUGUGGUCCUCCUAGCCUUUGUGGUCUGCUGGGGACCCCUGUUCCUCUUGCUGUUGCUGGAUGUGGCAUGCCCAGCUCGCGCAUGUCCGGUGCUCCUGCAGGCUGACCCCUUCUUGGGUCUAGCCAUGGCUAACUCGCUCCUCAAUCCUAUCAUCUAUACGUUCACCAACCGAGACCUGCGCCAUGCACUUCUGCGGCUGCUCUGCUGUGGCCGCUGUCCCUGCAGCUCAGGCUCCUCUGGCAGCUUGCAGAGAUCCCCCAGCGCCCCUGAGCCUUCGGGGCGUGGUGGUGGUAGAGGCCUGAAAAGCUGCCUGCCACCAGGUCUGGAUCGCAGUUCCUCUCCGCAGCUGGAAGGGAUGGACACCAGCUAUUCCACUGGCAGCCCCGGACCAGCUGUGGCCAGCCAGACUCUGGUACCUGAACUCUCUGCAGAUUGAUGCUCUCCAACCCUCUGUCGCCCUUCCCAAGAGCAGAAUGACUCAGAACAAACCCAUUUGGAGGAAGCACAGCCCAAGACGGUAAAGCCGAAAAGAUGCAAGGGAAAUGGUUUACUGGCACUAAACCCUGGAACAGAAUAAAAAACCCGCCCUUUGUGUGUUUGAAGCUCUGGUAGGGCACACCAACAACGAUAGGCAGAUGGAGUAAUUCCAUUGACAAUAUAGCCAGGGGAUGGUGUAGAGGUAGUGAUGUGGGAGCUGAGACAGCCUGCCAGAAGAGCCUUACAGUGUGUGCAAAGGCCCUAGGGCUCAUGGGGUUUAUUUUUAUUUUCUAUUUUAUUUUUUCCAUUUUCUAUUUAAUUUUUUUAAGAACAGCCUCCAUGUGUCCCCAGCUUGCCAUGAACUCGCUGACCUCAGUCUCACAAGAGAUCCACCUGCCUCUGCCUCCCAAGUGCUGGGGGUGAAGGUGAGCACUGUGUCCAGUAGCUCAUAGGGUUUAUGAAAAGCGAAGAUCCUAAUGUGGCUGAGAGAAAAUAGAAGGAGCAGAGAUGGGGAUAGAUGAGAUGAGAGGGCAGGUUGUGUGAGGCCUGAUGGGUUCUGAGGAAGGGCCUUUGGCUCUGAGUAAAGUGGGAGCCAUAGAGAUUUCUAAACAGAGGGAGGACAUGCCUCCAUUCAGGCCUGCACAGGUGCUCUUUGACCAGGGUGGCUUCAAAGAUAGCAACCAGAAGAAGGUGUGGGGGGGGGGGACGCAGCUGUCAGCAUGAUCAGAACCAGGUGAGUUGCAGAGCCAAGUGAGAUGCUGUGUGCAGGUAGCAGACAGAAUAAGAGGUGGGUGGGGACUGAGAAGAGUUGUAGAGAGCAAGGUCAGCUCCAAGAAUUUGACUCUGGGAUACUUAGACAAAUCCUGACCACCAAACUUCUAGAAUGCAGUGUCAAAUUCUUCAUGCAAAAUGCAAGUACAAUAAAACAGUAAGAGCCAUUAAAGCUUUGCUUAAAAAAUAUUUAUUUUAUGUGUGAAAGUUUUACCUGCAUGUAUGGAAGUGCA